UUUCAGUCAAACAUCAUUUUCUUAGUGUGAAGAACAUGUUAAUCAUCUAAAGAACCUUUUGUGAUGGAAAGAUGAAACGUUCUUCACCGAUAAAGGAGCUUUAUUGUCCGACACUUGUUGGCACUUUCGUUCAGUGUUAUUCUGGGUCUGACGCGUUCGCUCAGGUAUGUGACGCGCUCGCGAGCAGCAGCAGCGUCUGAAUGAACGCGCCCCCGCCCGCGCGCAGACUCGCAGUCUCCGUGAGAUGCCCGUUAGAUUCGGUGCGGCAGUGCAGUAUCGCGCUCGCGCUCGGGCUCGCUGAUGAUAUCGACCCCACUCAUGCGUGGAUUUCCCGCACGCAUCCUCGCGCACACACGGAUCCGUGGACCGGAGACUCCCGCGCGGACCGGGGACGGUCAUGCCGUGAUGGUGUCACGCGCACGGACGCGCCAGCCGUGUUUGUGAAGCCGGAGAUGAUGAUGAUGGUGAUGAUGAUGAUGGUGAUGGUGGUGGUGAGGAGCGGAGCUCUCCUCCGGUUACCGGGGCUCGUGAUCAGGCUGACCGUGCUGAUGUUUGUCGCCGGUUCGAGCGGGAUGCCGCACGUGCUCAGAUUCGGUGGGAUCUUCGAGUCGAUAGAGAGCGGCCCGUCUGGACCAGAAGAACUGGCCUUUAAAUUUGCGCUGAACACCAUCAACAGGAACCGAACGCUUCUGCCCAACACAACCCUCACGUACGACAUCCAGAGAAUCAACGUCUUCGACAGUUUCGAGGCGUCCAGGAAAGCCUGCGAGCAGCUCUCCCUGGGCGUGGCAGCGAUCUUCGGCCCCUCCCACAGCUCGUCAGCCAAUGCGGUGCAGUCGAUCUCCAACGCUCUGGGCGUCCCUCACAUUCAGACCCGCUGGAAGCAUCAGGUGUCGGAUAACAGAGACUCGUAUUAUGUCAGUCUGUAUCCGGACUUCUCCUCGCUCAGCCGGGCCAUACUGGACCUCGUGCACUUCUUCAGGUGGAGGAUGGUCACGGUGGUGUACGACGACAGCACCGGUCUCAUCCGCCUGCAGGAGCUUAUUAAAGCUCCAUCCAGAUACAACAUCCGCCUGAAGAUCCGACAGCUCGCCGCAGACACCAAGGACGCCAAACCGCUGCUCAAAGAGAUGAAGAAAGCCAAGGAGUUCCACGUUAUCUUCGACUGCAGUCACGAGAUGGCCGCAUGGAUACUCAAACAGGCUCUUUCAAUGGGAAUGGUGACUGAAUACUAUCAUUACAUCUUUACAACUCUGGAUCUGUUUGCUCUGGAUAUGGAGCCGUAUCGGUUCAGCGGAGUGAACAUGACCGGUUUCCGCAUCUUGAACACGGAGAGUCCGCAGGUGUCGUCCAUCAUUGAGAAAUGGUCUAUGGAGCGACUGCAGGCGCCGCCCAAACCCGACUCGGGCCUGCUGGACGGAUUCAUGACGACGGAUGCCGCUCUCAUGUACGACGCGGUUCAUGUGGUCGCUGUGGCCGUCCAGCAGUCGCCGCAGAUCACCGUCAGCUCACUGCAGUGCAACAGACACAAACCCUGGCGCUUCGGUGGACGAUUCAUCAGCCUCAUCAAAGAGGCAUCAUGGGACGGACUGACGGGGCGAAUCCUCUUCAACAAAACCAACGGCCUGAGGACAGACUUUGACCUGGACGUGAUCAGUCUCAAAGAGAACGGACUCGAGAAGAUCGGGACGUGGGAUCCUCCGCGUGGACUGAACAUGACAGAGAAUCACAAGAGUAAAAUCACCAACAUCACAGACUCGCUGGCCAACAAAUCACUGCGGGUGUCCACCAUACUGGAGGAGCCGUACGUCAUGUUUAAGAAGUCGGAUAAACCCCUGUACGGAAACGACCGCUUCGAGGGAUUCUGUGUGGACCUGCUUCGGGAGCUUUCGGGAAUCUUGGGCUUCCGCUACGAGAUCCGGUUAGUGGAGGACGGGAAAUACGGGGCGUUCGAGGAGAGCACCGGCCAGUGGAACGGCAUGAUCCGCGAGCUCAUGGAUCACAAAGCAGACCUGGCCGUGGCGCCGCUGACCAUCACGUACGUCCGAGAGAAGGUGAUUGACUUCUCCAAACCCUUCAUGACCCUGGGCAUCAGCAUCCUGUACCGCAAACCCAACGGCACCAACCCCGGCGUCUUCUCCUUCCUCAACCCUCUCUCCCCUGAUAUCUGGAUGUAUAUUCUACUGGCUUGCUUGGGUGUCAGUUGUGUGCUGUUUGUCAUAGCCAGGUUCAGUCCGUACGAGUGGUAUAACCCUCACCCCUGCAACCCCGACUCAGACGUGGUGGAGAAUAACUUCACGCUGCUCAACAGCUUCUGGUUUGGUGUCGGAGCGCUCAUGCGGCAAGGGUCGGAGCUCAUGCCGAAGGCUCUGUCCACCAGGAUCGUCGGAGGAAUCUGGUGGUUUUUCACGCUCAUCAUCAUUUCCUCCUACACGGCAAACCUGGCCGCCUUCCUGACCGUGGAGCGCAUGGAGUCGCCCAUCGACUCGGCGGAUGAUCUGGCCAAGCAAACCAAGAUCCUCUACGGCUUGGUGGAGGACGGCGCCACCAUGACUUUCUUUAAGAAAACCAAGAUCUCCACGUACGAUAAGAUGUGGGAGUUCAUGAACAGCCGUCGUCAGUCGGUGAUAGUGAAGAGUGUGGAGGAGGGAAUCCAUCGAGUGCUGACGUCCGAUUACGCCUUCCUGAUGGAGUCCACGGCCAUCGAGUUCGUCACCCAGCGCAACUGUAACCUCACGCAGGUCGGAGGCCUCAUCGACUCCAAGGCGUACGGCGUGGGAACGCCCAUGGGCUCCCCGUAUCGAGACAAGAUCACCAUCGCCAUCCUGCAGCUGCAGGAGGAGGGCAAGCUGCACAUGAUGAAGGAGAAGUGGUGGAGAGGGAACGGCUGUCCGGAGGAGGAGAGUAAGGAGGCCAGUGCGCUCGGCGUGCAGAACAUCGGCGGCAUCUUCAUCGUCCUGGCCGCCGGGCUGGUGCUGUCCGUGUUCGUGGCCGUCGGCGAGGUGCUGUACAAAUCCAAGCAGAACGCUCAGAUCGAGAAGCGUUCGUUCUGCAGCGCGAUGGUGGACGAGCUCAGGGUGUCUCUGAAAUGCCAGCGGCGGCGGAAACAGAAACCUCAACCGCCCGCCAUCGUCAAAACAGAGGAGGUUAUUAACAUGCAUACCUUUAACGACAGGAGGCUCCCGGGGAAAGAGACCAUGGCCUGAACGGACUGAAAGCCUCGAAAUCCUGCGGGACUCUCCUGUAACUCUCGUCCAAACGAAGGACACAAAGAUGUUUCCUGUGGAAAUCCGGAUACGUGAGCAAACCACAUCCCCUCACAGAGCAGCAUUCGAUUAUCGGCUUGUAUCUUGAGUCCCAAACACCAGAGACGUCCGUCUCUCUGACGUCCGGCGAUGCGUCGUGUUCUCAUUCUGUGUUGCUUCUCUCUGUUUUCUCUGUGAAAGACACGUAGGAUGCUGUGAAACUAAGUAAAUGUUUUAAACGGAUCAGUUUUGAUGCUCACGUCACUGCAGAGAAAUGAUCAUAUGCUGCCUUUAUUGCUGCCUUCAAGAGCGCCUGAUAAUGACAGGUUCCCAGAACGUUCUCGGAACGUUUGUUUAUGGUUAUAAAACUGAAAAUAACUAUUAGAGAAAGUUCUUAUUGGUUUUGUCACACAAAAACCUCCAUGCAAUGUUUUUAGAAUGUUUGUCUCAUAAACUAGAACCUUUAAGAGAACAUAAUCGAAAAAACAACAUUCUGGAAAUGUUCCUGUAACCAUUAUAUAACGUUCUGUAUGAGUUCUUAUUAGGUGUGUCUCACAAAAACCUUCCUGCAAUGUUCUGAGAACAUUUGUGACACAACCUUGAGAGAACGUUCCUGGAACGUUAGUUUUUGGUUAUAAAAGCUAAAAAUAACCUUUAGAGAAAGUAAUUUGUCACAUGAAAACCUCCCUGCAAUGUUUUUAGAAUGUUUGUCACGUAAACUAGAACCUUUAAGAGAACAUAACCAAAAAACAACGUUCUGGAAACGAUCCUUUAACCAUUAUAUAACGUUCUGAAUGAGUUCUUAUUAGUUUUGUCUCACAGAAACCUUCCUGCAAUGUUCUGAGAACGUUUGUGACACAACCUUGAAAGAACGUUCCUGGAACGUUAGUUUUAUAACUAAAAAUAACCAUUAGAGACAGUUUUCAUUAGUUUGUCACACAAAAACCUUAUUGCAACGUUCUGAGAACCUUUGUCACACAAACUAGAACCUUUAAGAGAACAUAACCAAAAAAACAACGUUCUGGAAAUGAUCCUUUAACCAUUAUAUAACGUUCUGAAUGAGUUCUUAUUAGUUUUGUCUCACAGAAACCUUCCUGCAAUGUUCUGAGAACGUUUGUGACACAACCUUGAGAGAACGUUCCUGGAACGUUAGUUUUUGGUUAUAAAAGCUAAAAAUAACCUUUAGAGAAAGUAAUUUGUCACAUGAAAACCUCCCUGCAAUGUUUUUAGAAUGUUUGUCACGUAAACUAGAACCUUUAAGAGAACAUAACCAAAAAACAACGUUCUGGAAACGAUCCUUUAACCAUUAUAUAACGUUCUGAAUGAGUUCUUAUUAGUUUUGUCUCACAGAAACCUUCCUGCAAUGUUCUGAGAACGUUUGUGACACAACCUUGAAAGAACGUUCCUGGAACGUUAGUUUUAUAACUAAAAAUAACCAUUAGAGACAGUUUUCAUUAGUUUGUCACACAAAAACCUUAUUGCAACGUUCUGAGAACCUUUGUCACACAAACUAGAACCUUUAAGAGAACAUAACCAAAAAAACAACGUUCUGGAAAUGAUCCUUUAACCAUUAUAUAACGUUCUGAAUGAGUUCUUAUUAGUUUUGUCUCACAGAAACCUUCCUGCAAUGUUCUGAGAACGUUUGUGACACAACCUUGAGAGAACGUUCCUGGAACGUUAGUUUUUGGUUAUAAAAGCUAAAAAUAACCUUUAGAGAAAGUAAUUUGUCACAUGAAAACCUCCCUGCAAUGUUUUUAGAAUGUUUGUCACGUAAACUAGAACCUUUAAGAGAACAUAACCAAAAAACAACGUUCUGGAAACGAUCCUGUAACCAUUAUAUAACGUUCUGUAUGAGUUCUUAUUAGGUGUGUCUCACAAAAACCUUCCUGCAAUGUUCUGAGAACAUUUGUGACACAACCUUGAGAGAACGUUCCUGGAACGUUAGUUUUUGGUUAUAAAAGCUAAAAAUAACCUUUAGAGAAAGUAAUUUGUCACAUGAAAACCUCCCUGCAAUGUUUUUAGAAUGUUUGUCACGUAAACUAGAACCUUUAAGAGAACAUAACCAAAA